AUGGCGUUCUGCAGCGCACUGCACGCAAGCUCGACACUUGCCGAGAUCAAGCUUGUCAAAGUGAAUGGCAUUGAUGGCUUCCUUGGGCGCCGCCUCCCGGCCAGGCUGCGCGAGCUAUACUACGACCACGAGCGCCACGAGUUUACCGACGACGUCGAUGACACGCUAACCGACGCCGUGCUCGCCGACUUGGCGCACGCUUUGCAGCCCACGCGCCUCGAGCAUCUCAGCUACAACAACUUUGGCGAGCUCGCGGCGCAGCCGUGUCUGACACCGAUGCUGUCGGGCGUCACGUCGCCGGAGCUUGUGGCAGCGCGGCUCGAUAACGACCGGCUCUUUUACGCCGAGACGUGGAGCCCGAGAGCGGUCAUAAGGACGUUGCCCGCGGCUCUGCGCAAGACCAACAACGAGACGCGCUGUCGCUUGACCAUAUAA